GUAAAAGCACCCUGGCCCCCUGGUUCAGAGGCUGAUCAGAGGAUUUAUCUAGCUAACUAGAAGCUUGUGAAGCUAGCUGAAUUUGAGGUUACAUAUUUUCCUGUUGCCUGUUAGGUAGCUACUUAGCAUUCUGGGGAUACAUAUAACUAGCUAGCUAGCCUACAUAGUUAGAAGCUAGCAGGCUAACUUAGCAUAGCAAUCCACAUCUAUGUAAUGGCAGCAAACUUGAAAGACAAGGAAGCCUAUCAAAGACUAAACUUUCUAUAUCAGGCUGCACACUGUGUUUUGUCUCAAACCCCUGAGAAUGUGGAAUUGGCUCGUUUUUACUGCUUCACUCAGAAGACCAUUGCAAAACGUUUGGUGCUGAGACAAGACCCCGCAGUGAAAAGAGCAUUAUGUAAGAAGUGCUGCUCUUUGUUGGUCCCAGGAGUAACUGCCACAGCCAGACAGAGAAGGAUUAAGUACAGAAACCGCAUGACUGUGCUGCAGUGUCUCAGCUGUGGACAGAGCAAGAGGUUCCUUAACAAUCCGGAGCAUCGCCUGUGGGUGGACCAGCCUGAGGCCCAGCUGGAGAACCAAUCACAGCCAGAACAAGGUCACUCCACUAAAGAGUUGCAGAAGGAGAAAGCUGAUGGACCCGUAUCUCAGAAAUCCUCUACAGGGCCUUCCUCUACCCAGCACCAGGUGUCUCCAUCAAAGCCCAAAACCUGAGCCCUGUGGCCUCGGUAGCCUAGUCACAACUGGACAUAGCUUCUUUGUGUGGUAUUGACCACAUAUUUUCAACAAUUUCAUUUUUUAAUUUUUUUAAUAUGAGCAUAUUUUCUUUUUUUGCUGUGUUUUUUUUGCUGGUGACAACCUAUUAGCAUUACAUCAGUGGUAUUUCUGUAAUGGAUUAUAGUUGUAAUUGGUUGAGGUUGGUAAAAAUGCAAAAAAAAUGGA